AUGGCCCUGGUUCAACAGCAUACCGUGAACGAUUCAACGGUUUUCGUAUCCUACCCAAAUCCUUCUGAACUAACCUUUCAACAAAACAUGGCUCAUCUAAUAAAUGCCAAAAGGAAUAAUCCUCGCCUGGACUCGGCUAUUUGUAUGCCUUCGACUAAAAAGUCGACUACCGUAUAUUCUUCAAAGGUAAUGAAGAAUGAGAGUAUGGAACGUUGGGUAGAUGACUUGCUAAAAGAAUUAGACAAUAUCAUGACGAUAAAUUUGAACAUCGAUCCCAAUCAAAAUAAUAGCCAGAGAGUUAAAGAGUUGAUCAAACAAAUAGAUGAACGUCUAAAUAAUAAUUUUAACGACAUUGAUGGCAUUCGAGAGUUUGUUCAAGAAAAGAAAGUCGAUUGCGAAUUAUUACUCAAAAGCGAAUCUCAACGCGAUGAUGAUUCGACCCUUGAAGUAUCAUCAGAAGAUAUCGAGGAUGAAAGCACGGCUUCUGUUGAUCGGGUCAAAAAAUUAAAGAACUGCGAUACAAAAACCGUGAAAAAGAAUCCGAUCGCACGUGCUGGCAAUUUUUUAAACAAGGUGGCAACAUCGGCAAAGAAACAUGCCGAUAGAGGUAUCAAAUUGACGCAUAAAGCAGACAAAACGCAAAAAUGUGACGAUCAAGCCAAGAAACGUUUCCAAAAAGCGGGGACAUGCUCGUCGAAUGUUGGUACGGUUGAAAAAAAAUCCAAACAUGAGCGAUUACUUAAUGGCCGUUACCUUAUCGACAAAAAAGAUACCAUCGGGGAAGGUCAUCACGGAAAAGUAGUAAGAGGCGUUGAUGUUCAAACCAAAAUGCGUGUUGCCGUUAAAUGUUUGAAAAAACAAUUCACGUGUUCGUUAGGCAGAAUACAAUUUGCUGACAGGAAACAGAAAAAGAAAAACCAAGAGAUAAUGCAUGAAGGGAGAAUGAUGGUUCGUAUGGACAAAUUGUCAAAUCUGGUUCCGCUUUUGGACCUUGUGGAGACAACGAAGAAGGUUUAUUACAUUAUGCCUUUAGCGAACAAAGACUUGAGUGAUGUCAUCUAUCGACGCCGUAUGACCGAACACUGUGCCCGUGAAUUGAUGAAACCUAUAUUUGAGGCAGUCAAGUCUUUGCACGAUUCGGGUUUUGUUCAUCGAGAUAUCAAACCUGAGAACAUCAUGUUGUACCAAGGUGGAUUUGCGAAGCUUGGUGACUUUGGCCUUUCAACCGAAUUCGGUUAUCAUUCCGGAUUACAAGUUGUAGGUACCCCAGCUUUUGCCGCUCCCGAAGUUCUCGGUCAAUUCCAUCGUACCGAUAAAUUAGCAUGGCUCAAUUACAAACGUGCUGAUUUAUGGUCAUUAGGCGCAACAUUAUACGUCUGCCUUGCUGGACGAUAUCCAUUCUGUGAUCAAAGGCCGAUAAGUGAACAAGCUACAACCGGAAUCCAAUUCCCCGAAAAACGGUUUAAACAUUAUUCAGCAGAUGCCAUCGAUCUUAUUCAAAAACUUAUGCAUGUUGAUCCAUUGAAGCGAAUUUCAAUGGACGAUGCGUUAAAUCAUCCGUUCUUCACCAAUCCAUAA